AUUUUGGUAGUCGAAUCGGUGGAAGCGCUGUAGCAACCCGCCGUCGUGCAAACUCUCUCCCGUCUCCGCUCUCAGUCUCAGUCAGUGCCAUAAAAAUACCGUGAGUGGUCGUGUAAUACAGAGCACAGAGUGAAAAGCUGAAGUAGUACUUUCAUUGGUACCCUGUAAGAUGGAUAUUGAUGAACAUUCUCUUCAAAAUGAAAAUGAGCAAGAAAAAGGACCAUAUGACCUUCAAUGGCGACCACGCUCUCGGAGAACAUAUCAACAACAUAAUAUAGGAUAUCGUAAUCAAAAGAUAGAACGGAUGGAACAGUAUAGUAUAGCUGAUUUGCCAGACAUUACUACAUAUAUGAUAGGGAAAUCAACCGAAGCCGAUAUCCGGACCAAAGCGGGUCCCGCUUUCAACAAUCGAAUGACUGAUAGAGUGAAGCCAGUGCCGAAGGCUGCGACGCCGGCCCACGACGAGGCGCCAGUGCAUAUCGACGUCGGCGGGGUUAUAUACACUUCUUCGUUGAGGACCCUCACCAAAUAUCCGGACUCCAAGCUUGGAAUGAUGUUCUCCGGCAGGAUCCCCAUAAUAGUCGAUAAUCUUAAACAGCACUAUUUCAUAGACCGAGACGGUUUAAUGUUUCGCCACAUUUUGAACUUUUUACGGAACGAUACAGUGUUGGUCCCUCCUGAUUACAAAUACCUAGAUUUGCUUUUAAGUGAGGCCGAGUUCUUUCAUUUAGACGAUAUGAUUAGCCAGUUACGUGUAUUAAAAAAUCUUCGUGUUUCAAAAAAACUGUUCACGUAAAUUACCAGGUUCAUCAGACGCGUCAAUGAGCGCGUAUUCGUCACAUGCAGAUGAAAGAGAGAAGAUAGUAUACAUAUUAAAUUUACAAUGAUAGCAUGGAUCUUAGUGUCGCCGCACAUGGGCCACACGCGACAGCCACAAACGCCGCUACAAGAAGCAAAAAAGGGGCCACAAAAGUAGUUGAAGCGCGCGACAACCACUUGUGGUCGGUGGUCGACACUUGUGGUCGAAGGCUGCUACUUUUCCCAUCAUGCAGUAUCAUAAUCGCGCGAGUGGCGUGUUGUGGCGUUUUGUAUCGGCGUUUAGUAACCGGUGCGGGUCACAAGAAGCGAGCACCGACGAUUGUAGCGUAUGGCGAAAACUACAGGAAGUUUUGUGGUUGUGGCCGGCGGCCCGUGUGUGGAGCCACUAUACUAAAACUAUUACAUUGAUUACGAGUCUAUAUCGGCUAUAGAUUUUCAAUAAUAACAAUGGCUAUAGUUCAAUUUUAUUUCAACGCAUGGUACCUAUUUUUUAACACGCUAAUUUUGAGGCUUUGAGAAACAACAAAUAAUCUAAAAUAAGUUAAAAUGUUGACACCUUCAAAAUUAUAAUAAAUAUAACAUAUUCACUGAAUAAUUAUAAAUAACACUUUAAAUAUUAAUCCCAAAUGUAUUAGUAGAUUUGUAUUUACGUUUUUUAUUAUGCAUGUAUUUUUUUUAUUUUAACUAAAAUAUUGCUAAAGUUGUAAACUUCGUUCUGACGUCACAUGUGAUUCCGAACGUUAUAAAGCCCUCACCCUCCACUUGUGUUAAAUAUCUCUUUUUCCUCAUUUAUAUGUGCUAACUGCAAUAAUACCGGUUACGAAAAAUGGAUCCAUGCUAACCAGUCAUCACCAAGUACUUAAAAGUACUUGGUGAUGACUUAUCUUAAUUAAAAUGUAAUUUAAUUUAAAAUGGAAUUAAUUUUAUUAUAAAAUUGUUGAUCAUCAUCAUUAAUAUCAACCUUUUAAACGCUUCACUACAUGGUUAGACCUCCCUCUAGGUGAGAGGUUUGUUUUAAAAUUGUUACACAUUAGGAAUGAUGACAAUUAAAUUAAAUAUAUUACUAGCGGACGCCCGCGACUUCAUCUGUGUGGAAUCUAGAUUUUCACAAAUCAGCAAAGUCGCUUCAGUAGCCGCAGCGUAAAGGAGGAACAAACACUUACACACAAAGUUUCGCAUUUAUAAUACAAUAUUAGUGUGGAUAAGAGUAUGCUGUUUAUGCAAUGUGUAGAAGUAACAAGGUAUAUGCGAUUAUUACUUUCUGAGCUAUAGGGUAUAUACAUAUAGGGUAAAAAAUUGCUCGAAAGAAUAGUGUUGUCGAUUUGUGUGAUCGUUAGAUAAUUUGUUUGGGCGUUUGAACAAAAUUACAAAUAUCUUUGGUUAUUUGUUGGUAUGUUUAUACUCAUUUAAUGAAAAAUGACACAAUUAAUGCAAGGAACCUAAAAAUAUUUCAUCUUGUAUGUAUACGUAAAAAGGAAAUCUUUUAACACAUAUUAAUUUUGCCAACAUCCCGACAAUCAUUAAUUUUAUGUAUUAAUUAGUUAAUAUUGACCUUAUUUUCCCGAAUGUCUCAUAAAAGUCAAUAUAUUCACACCUAGUCAUCGUACCAACAGUUUAACUACGCUGAAGCCGAUAAUAAUGAUGAUGAAUAGUUAUAGUACCUAGUUAUUUCGUAUUUUUAUGUAGUUUUAUAUGUACUAAUAGUUUUCAAUAUUUUAAGCAUAGCAAUUUUAUACAUAAUUACUACUGUUUUGUACUGUGUACAAAAUGUGAACCCCGAGAUUUUGUUACGCUAAAGUAGACCCCUGUCGAGUCUCCCGUGGACCCUUGAGGGUCCACCUGAAUCGCUUUCAAUGGUUAAGUCACAACAUGCAUGCACUAAGUAGGUCUUGUUUUAUAUUUCGACAUCGUCAACGAUGUCCAUCGAUGGUACGUCCAUCGCCUGAUCUCUGAUCAGCUUGGUCCAUCAAUUAUAUUUAUAUACAAUUUCCUAAAAAAUGUAUCUAAAAUGGAAUCUAGAAUUCAUGAUUUAAAGUUAACCAAAAUUAUUUGCAAUUAAUAAAGAAAUUAUUAUAUAAA